AAACUCUCUCUAGCUGUAGAGAGAGAGAAGAGACCUGGCUGUCUGGGAGCUGGGCAGGGUACCUGAGAGGAGCAGGGCUGGGGAGCGGCCUGGGGAGCUCCAGCCUGGAGAACCCCCAGGCUACAGGCCUUUCUGAAGGCCCAAAGCAGCCUGGAACCACCUGCACCCCCGAAGCGGCUGAGGAACUACAACUCCCAGCAUGCGGCACGGCGACCUUGGCCGUCCCCGCAUUGCGAUUGGCUGCUUGGGGCCUCUCCCCCCCCCCCCCCACGUGACUCAGGCCGACAGCGGCGGCUGCUGUCCGGGGCAGAAGCAGCGUGAGCUGCCCCGCAGGUAGCGGAUCCGUGCGGGCCGGGCUCAGUCCAGGGCCUAUGGCAGCGGCGCGGGGCGUUCGCGGGUGUCUCCUGCGGGGGCCCUUCCGUGCCCGGCCGGGCAGGGGCUGCAGCUCCGGGGCUCCUGUGCGGCAGCAGCAGCAGCAGCAAGCGCUUGUGGCUGCCCCCGCCCCGGCUCAGGAGUUGCCAAGCACAAGAAGAAAAGGUUUCCUAACUGAACACGCUGCCCCUUUCUCUGCUUUCCUGACUGACAGAUUUGGCCGUCAGCACAACUACCUGCGGAUCUCCCUGACUGAGAAAUGCAACCUCAGAUGUCAGUACUGUAUGCCAGAAGAGGGAGUUCAACUGACCCCUAAAUCAGAGCUGCUCACUACUCAGGAGAUAAUCACCAUUGCCAGGCUCUUUGUGAAGGAAGGUGUGGACAAGAUCCGAUUGACUGGUGGAGAACCACUCAUCCGGCCUGACGUGGUUGAUAUUGUGGCUCAGCUGUACAAGCUAGAAGGGCUACAAACCAUUGCUGUCACAACCAACGGGAUCAACUUAGCUAGGCUGCUGCCACGGCUGAAGGAGGUGGGGCUGGAUGCCAUUAACAUCAGCUUGGAUACUCUGGUUCCGGCCAAAUUUGAGUUCAUCGUCCGGAGGAAAGGCUUUCAUAAGGUAAUGGAAGGAAUCAACAAAGCCAUUGAACUGGGGUACAAUCCUGUUAAGGUGAACUGUGUAGUGAUGAGAGGCCUCAAUGAGGAUGAGCUGUUGGACUUCGUGGCGCUCACGAAGAACCAGCCGCUCGACGUGCGGUUCAUCGAAUACAUGCCCUUCGACGGCAACAAGUGGAACUUCAAGAAGAUGGUGAGCUAUAAGGAGAUGCUGGAUACAGUCAGGCAGAGAUGGCCUGAAUUGGAGAAGCUGGCUUGUGAGGCCUCCAGCACAGCCAAGGCUUACAAGGUACCAGAUUUCCAGGGGCAGAUCAGCUUUAUUACUUCCAUGUCAGAGCACUUCUGUGGAUCCUGCAAUCGGCUGAGGAUAACUGCAGAUGGGAACCUGAAGGUGUGCCUUUUUGGGAACUCAGAAGUGUCCUUGAGGGAUCACCUACGGGCUGGUGCUUCGGAGGACGAAUUGGUUCAAAUUAUAGGAGCAGCAGUGGGCAGAAAAAAGAAACAGCAUGCCGGCAUGUUUAACAUUUCCCAGAUGAAGAACCGGCCAAUGAUCCUGAUCGAGGCAGCAUUGAAGUCGACCUCACUACUGCAAGAUGCCGUGCAGAAUUCUCCACGUUCAAAGCAAUGGGGCCACAGACCUGGCCACUGGCUAAUGCCAAGAGCAAGUUUAUCCAAGCAGAUGGGAAAAGCGUUUAAGAAAAAUGUGUUUACAGGACAGCACGCCUUGCCAGGAUCUCGCUCAGAGCAACAGCAGCUUACAGCAGAAAUUCUGCGAGCUCAGGCACGCGGCAUUUGCAUCUUCCAAAAGAUUUUGAGCUCUAGCUCGGACACAAAGUGCCUUAGGACAGGAAGUCCUUCCAUUCAGCACACCAGCCAAAUUGCUGUGGGCAGUCACUCUGGGGCUGCUGCUGGAAACCAGUCAGAAGAAAAGGGCCCAGGAUCCCACUCCAAAACCAUAGGUUCUGGCUUGUGCGCUGGUGAACGGGGUCCCUCCGGCAGCCUGACUCACGUUGACCAAGAGGGGCGGGCGGCCAUGAUAGAUGUUGGAAAGAAGCCCGAUUCUGAAAGGACCGCUGUUGCCAGUGCUGUGGUUCGUCUGGGUGAGGAGGCAUUUGGGAUGGUGCGGCAGAACCAGCUGAAGAAAGGAGAUGUGCUGGCAGUAGCCCAGAUCGCAGGGAUUCAGGGAGCCAAGCUGACCAGCCAGCUGAUCCCCCUGUGCCACAACAUCCUUCUGAGCCAAGUGGACAUCUCUCUGAGCCUGGACGAGAGCAGAUGGGCUGUGGUGAUCCAGGCGCUCUGCCACAGCCAGGGUAAGACAGGCGUGGAGAUGGAAGCGCUGACUGCUGCCAGCCUUGCUGCCCUGACUGUGUAUGACAUGUGCAAAGCAGUCACUCACGACAUAAUCAUCGAAGAGGUGAAGUUGCUGAGCAAGACGGGAGGGCAGAGGGGAGACUUCCAGCGUGGAUAGCACUUAUCCUGUAACAGGAGCAUCCCCAUGCGGGCACUGAGGGCGCGGGCUGCUUUGGUGCCAUAUCUGCAGUCCGGCUGGGGAAACAGCAGCAUCAGGUAUCCUAUAAAAGAAUGGGACUUAGUCUGAAUGGCCAGGCCAUCUCACUGCUUGGUGUUCCUCAGUUCGACUCCUACUGGACAGGUCUCCCCAGGCGUCCACCACCACACUUAGCACCUUUCCCCGUACCCUCGGGUUCUGUUAGGCCAUGGAAACUUUCAUCUCACUGCCAUGGGUCAAAACUGAGGCCCUUCAGCCCAGUGAUGUCAGGGAAGCUGGCCUGGCUGCUGUAACCCGUCAAGUGCUUAGUCAGGCACUCUUCAUCAGUAUCGAAUUCACUUGGCAAAUAAAGAACACACAAUUAGGAGUAGUUUAUUGUAUCUUUGAUCAAUGACAAUGGCUUAAGAAUUGCUCCUUUCUUCCCACCAAACUUGAACUAGGAAGAAACUUCAGAAGGAGACAAUGGGGAGUCAUUCUAGAGUCCUGGCCAUUGAGCAAAGAUUUUAAUAAUGUACGGAGCCCCAUCAGCUGGAAUUAUUCAGCUCAAAGUCACCUAGCCACACCCCUCACAACUGCUUGGGUCCUAAAUGGGUCUGAUCACUACCAGAGCAAGGGGAUGGGAUCUUAUGUCCAUGAAUGGAAAAUUAGAUGUUGGUUGACUGAUGCCAAAUAGCCCAUGCACAGGCCUGAUUUUAUUCAGCAUCAUGCCCCUCAGUGCAGAGAGCUACUGGGGUAGGAGGAACUGUAAUUUGCACACCCUGCACUGUUUUGCUGUGGUUCACUUGUGCCUACCGUCAUAACCAACUCAUUAGAUGUCCCUGCAUGCUCAGGGGCCAGUUCUGAAUCAAUCUCUGUCCAUCAAAGCCACUUCCCAGAAGGUAAUAGGCCUCCUUCCUUGCGGUGUCCUGAAGGGAUGCCCUGCAGUGGUACAUCAAAGCUUACGGUGCCACCCCCCACCAGAGCAACCAGCAGGAACCAUGACCAAAACUGGGUAGCCAUGAAGAGGCUUCCUAAAAGAGCCAAUAUGGGCUGUCAAAUGAUUGACUCAGUUUAAACUACUUCAUAAGGUUGGUUGUUUGUUUGUUUGUUUUAUACUCUAGCAAGUUUAUGGGCUGUGCCUAAGGACCUCAUUCUGCUCCUUAGGGAAUUCAGGGACAGAACUCCCCAAAACAUGAGCAGAAUCAGGCCCUUUUUUUAUUUCUGGGACUUGAAAUCCAGCCGAGUUUCCCACCAAACUCCAGCAGAUUUGGAUUUUUUUUUUAAUCCACAUGUCUGCCAUGGCAGUUUGUAGCCCCCGCCAAUGGCGUGUCAUGGGAUAACCUAGUCUCAUGCUUGCUUCUUCUAUAGACUUUGCAUCCAGCCCGCAGAGGAAGCUCAGGCUACGUCUUGACCAUCAUUAAUGCUGUUGUUGCUGAACUCAGUGAUUCUUUUGGCAAACAGGGUCAUAAACAUCCCUUUGCUGUGUUGACUCUGCCUCAGGGAAGGGGAGGAAAUCCUUCAAGAUUUGUCAAAGGAACCCAGGAGAGGGGAAAUUGGAAUAGGCACUUAGAAGCCUGAAAAAUCAGUCUUCUAAAAGUGAAGUCCUUGAUGUUGCGGAGUCUUAUGCUAUUUUUGUUAUUAAAGCCUGAACCUCUCAAGGCAUGUGGCUAGAUAAGGAUCUCCGCUUUUUCUUUUUUUAAAAAAAGGAAAGUUCCUAGUUCUUCUGGUGGCAGAGAAAAAACUUGGAAGUAUGAUCUGAAUCCAUCCUAAAAGCUCAAAGCCAGAAAGCAAACAGAGAGAGAGAGAACCCUGGGCACCGGGCUGGCAUGUGCAAUGAUUUUAAAACGUUCAGUGUUAACACUCAGCACUUGAAAUGGUCCCCUUGCUAAGGAUGAUCUUCAAAAGCAGGAGUUAAUUUUGCAUGUUUUUGGAGUGGAAGGGAAUAGACAUAGUAAAAUAUACUGAUUUGUCAGUCUAAAUUGAAAAACAAUUCUCCCUUACUCUCAAACCUUGAAUUCAAGAUUCUUUCUCCUGCUAUAGUUGAGAUCAAACACAUACAGCAGAGCAGGGAUUCCAGCUCUCAUGCCAUCUUAGAGGCUAGUGCCACCCUGUGCUAUGGUUGGAGAAAGACCCUAAAUUCAGAUGUUGGCAGACCAACAGCCUUUCUGUUUAUAAACCUUGUGUUUAAAAAUGAAGUCCUACAGUCCACAGUGUUGAAGAAUUCUUCAGCAGUAAUGUUGUUUUUUUUUUUAAACCAACCCAAGUGGCUACCCCAAAUACUCUUAACACCUCUUUGUUUUAACUUGCUCGCCACUGCUGUAUUUUUGUUUUAUGCAGUAACCUGAAAGCUUUACCUAAACCUCAAAGACCAGGAGCCCCCAACUUUAAUUUAUGGUGUGCUCCUGUGGCUUAAGUUUCCUGCCCUUUGGAUACCAGUGCCGCCACCACCCCCUUUGAUACACACAACCGAGGAAGUUUUUAAAACAGCCUUAUUAACCUUGCUUUCCUAUUAAACUAGAGCUUUCAAGUUACUUGAAAGAAUUCUUUCCUUUGCCUUGUGAUUAUUAUUGUUGGUACAGCCUGCUCCUAAAGUUGUGUUUCAAGAAACAUUUUAUCCAGUGGUGAGACUAUACAUGACAGCAUCAAGCACAUUUCAGUCACUUCAAAGGAGAUUAGCUCAGGUUUAGUGCAGUGAACUAGGAAGGCAGGGUCAGAUUUAAAACUUUAACCCCCUCGCUUUCCUAUACACCUGAUUGCCCAUCACUCUGCUUCCCAACCCCUUUUCUUUACUAACUCAGUUGCAGGUAGAGCAUCACACCAGCACCAAGGAAGCACGCUGGAGUUCACUGUAGAGUCGCUGUGCAUUUUAAGCCAUGCUACGUGUUCGGGUGUAGCUAGCAGUUUGAAAAAUAUAUUUUUCUAUGGGUGAGCCAUUAUCCACAACAUCCCAGUAAUAGUAGCGUUGCCAUGACCACUAAGUUCCAAAUUCCACCACUAGAUACGCUUAUGGGAUCCCGUUAACUUUAUAGGGUGCCCGUGUGGAACCAGAUGGCACAAGUUGGUUCUAAUACCCUUUGUAUAGAAGUAUCUGGCAGUGUGUUUGUUUAUAUUGAUCAGACCUUUCAUUUAAAGACUGCUUAAAAUUAGCACCUCUUGGAAAAUUCUACCUGAACACACCUUAAUGGUAGAUAAGUGACGCAGCUGUGUGAGAGCAGUGAUCACCGAUGACUUGGGAGUCUAAGCCCUUCACGGGUAUGUCUACACUGCACCUGGGCGCAAGCCUCCCAGCGUGGCUCGACAGACUCGUGCUAGUAGGCUAAAAAGAGCUGUGUAGCCACAGCAGCUCAGGUUGGGGUUUGGAGGCUCUGGCCUGGGGUACACUUGAGAGCCUGACCUCCAACCCAAGUCGCAACAUCAAAGCAAUGUCUAUGCAGCUAGUUUUAGUGCACUAGCAUGGCUGUAGACCUGGGCUGGGAUGCUCACUCCCAGGUGCAGUAGAGCUAGACCCUUACAGGUUGCACUGGGUUUCAACUACUGAGUGGGUGCUGAACUCCUGGCUGGUUCCUUGGCUGCUUCUCUCAAUCCCACACACCCCCAUGAAGGGGAAGAGUCUUCCUUGUAGAGAAGCACUGGCCAUUAUUAGCAACAACGCUCAUGUCUCAAGCUUUGGCAGUGGUCUGGGCCUCUAUUGUUCUGCUUUGCUGGCCUAGUUUAUAAUCCUGUUUUAGGACAAACACUGAAUUUAAGGAGCUUAUGGCUUCAGUCUGAUUGUCCCCUUUUCACAUUAAACUCUUAAUUUAGCUGGGUGUUUACAGGAGAAACUUUCUUUCCACUAAAUCAAUCUGUACGUGUGUCACACCAGUCAAAAAUGGCAUGGAUUUUUCACAUCUUUGAGCUAGUGAUCACCUAAGAUGAUCAGCUCAUCAAAUGUUUUUUUGGUUGUUUUUUUUAAUACUGUACACAACUUUCCAGUUCCAAAUUCCGUAGCAAAGCCAUACGGCAUGGAAAGUGGCAUUUAUCAAAAAGCAUUUCAGGUACUUAAUCUGUUUGAUUUUCUUACAGUUACUGUGAGAUGUGACUAAGAGCUCUUCUGUCUGCACUGUGGCAAUGAAAAGAUACAAACACCCACUCUGGGUGCUCAAAUACAAUAAUUCUGUACAAGGUCCUAUUGCUACAUCAGACCAUACUGAUUACUUGCCAUCGUGGCAGGAGAAUCUCUGCUAGUUUAAGAAGAAUAUUGGUUAAUGCACAGAAGAUGCCCUCUGCAAUCCCUCUUACAGGGCUGGGGGAGGAGGGUCAGGCUUGGAAGCACAGAUACCACAUUUAGGCCCUGAUCCUCAAAAGAAUUUAGGUACCUAACUCUUACGGACAUCAGUAGCAGUUGGGUGCUGAAAUCCUAGGAGGGUCUUGCCUUAGCUACCAUGGUGAUAAGCAACCUUAAAAUCAAAUAGAGUGGUUUCUUACAUGUCAGGACUGAAGUGAAUUGCCUGAGCUAAAUAGGGAAAGGACACCUACUUGCACUCUGCUUUUGCCUUUGCUUGCUGUAGCCAGGUUGACUCUUACUUUCAUGAGCGCUUCUUGUUCACCUACAUUUACAUCUUUUUAAAAAAAAAAUAUAUAUAGCCUGUUGUAUGAGGUUUUAAAAACCAAACCAAACGCCUGUGCUGAUUCAAGGGGUUCAGGAACGAGGAGUUGUAUUCAGCGAGAGAGAAGAAGGUUUAAGUCUGAGCUGAUGGUGCAUUUGGACACAUGGCUCCUUGGCUUCUGAAAAUCUGCUACAGUGCAAUAGUUGAUUUAACAAGCCAGGACCCCCCCCCUGCCCCACAGACUUUGAAUUUCACUAGAAUUCCUGCAGCGGGGGUGGGGAGGAAGGGGAGAUUGUAAGGUUGUCUCUGAAUCUGAAUAGUUAGGGCAAAUUGACAGCUCAGCUCUAUAGUGGUGCCAUAACAUUUUCUUGUUACAUAACCAAGCCUUGGAACUAUGCAGUUAUUCUGAUAGAGAUAAGAUGUUGAAUUAAGUAUGUGAGAGUUCAUUUAUUUUGUUGGAAUGUGUUGCCAAGGGGCACUAGGUAAUAAUGUAUGUGUGAUGUUUGUACCCCUGCUCCAACGCACAAAGUAAACUGGGUCAGUAUUUUAGAGGCUUACCUUGCUCCAGUACAUUUUUAAUAAAGACUAAUUGUCAUGGAAAUGA